GCAGUGUUGCACAGUGUUGCAGUUCAGUGUUGGAUAGCAACAAAUAGCAUAUACAUAUUAUAUGAUACGGUCUUGAAAGCAAGGUUACAAACCACGUGGCAAUAAACUUUAUAAGGUUAAGCAAAAAUAGAAUAUGGAUUUAGAUGAUAUGUAUAUAGGGAGCUCAAAUUUAAAUUCAUUGAGCCAUUAUUUAGCCAAAAUUUCAAAAAAGGAAGAUAAGUUAUCAGAAACAUUCUUAGAUGGUAUAAAGAUGAAUUGUAUGCGAUCGUUAAGAGAUUUUGAUUUCGGAAAAGAUAAUGAUGAUCCUUUUUAUCAACGCCUAAGUCAAAGAGAUAAGGAAAUGAUAGCAUGUGAAUUUAAAAAAGAAGAAGAUUAUAUGAGAUGGGUUAAACAAUAUGUAACUCGAAACAUUAAAAGUUAUGCAAUACGUGAAGAAAAACACCUCAGGGACCCACUAAAUGUCGGAGAAACAGUUUUAUCAACUCUAGAUGUAACAUAUCAUCCUAAUUCUCGAAUAAUGCCAACAAUCAAAGCUCAUUGUCCAAAUCUUGAGGACUUUGCAUUAGGAUUCAAAGAAAUAACAAGUCAAGAUUUUGAAAAUUGUUUUUCUAAUAUGUCUUCCCUUGAGUGGCUGUCGAUUCACUGGGUAUGUGAAAAAACUCUACCAAUGACUUUAGCCAAGUCGAUAGAACAAAUUGGUGGAUGGUUGAAACAUUUUGUUUUGGCAUGUGCGUUAGAAUUCGAUAUUUUCUUACCAGAUUUAAUGGCUCCGGUAUUUCCUCGACUAAUCGCUUUGGAAACUUUAUAUAUAUGGAAAUAUGCACUAAGUCAACUAUUACUCCAGUCGAUAGGUGAAAUGAAAAAUUUGAGUGAUCUCCAAUUAGUGUCUCGUUGGCCAAAAAAUCAUCCAAUGAGUGAUACAAAAAUCGAUAUGUAUCCAAUUGGAAAUUUGGAAAAUCUCGAGAGUUUACUUAUUGAUUGUGAUUAUGGCAUCACAGAUGAAUUUUUGAUUAAUCUUUGUAAUAAUGCUAAAAAAUUAAUCACUUUAUAUAUAUUUGGAAAAAAUAUAACGGAUACUGGUAUGGCUGCUAUUAAUAAUUUAAAAAAACUAGAAGAUUUUGAUCUUGGUUUAACUUAUAGUUCUUACAUUCAGCGAUCAGUAACAAAUGAAUUUAUCACUGAUGAAUCAAUUCAAUGUUUACGUAAUCAAGAAUUAAAAAAGUUAAAUAUAUCAAAUUGCAUUAAUGUUACUGGUAAAUCAGUACUUGAACUUGUUAAAAAUUUACCAAAAUUAAAAGAAUACUCUAUUAAAAAUACAAAGAUAACUCCUGAAGAUCUUAGAGAAAUAUAUAGAGCAGAAAGAAAACGUGAUGAACCAAUAGAAGUACAUGAUGAUUGAUUAU